AUGAUGAAAACGGGGCCUCGGUUGACGACCGCCCUGCCACCGGACACCAUUGACAUCAUCCAGAGCAAGACCCACACCCGGCGGGUGAGGCUCAACGUCGGGGGCCUCAUCCACGAAGUCCUGUGGAGGACGCUGGACAGGCUUCCCCGCACCAGAUUGGGUAAACUGAGAGACUGCAACACCCAUGAAUCCAUUAUAGAGAUCUGCGAUGACUACAGCUUGGACAACAUGGAGUUCUUCUUCGACAGACACCCAGGGGCCUUCACCUCCAUCCUCAACUUCUACCGUACAGGGAAGUUGCACAUGAUGGAGGAGAUGUGCGCCCUGUCCUUCAGCCAAGAGCUGGACUUCUGGGGUAUCGACGAGAUCUACCUGGAGUCGUGCUGCCAGGCCAGGUACCACCAGAAGAAGGAGCAGAUGAACGAGGAGCUCAAGAGAGAGGCUGAGAACUCGAGGGAUAUGGAGGGAGAGGAGUUUACCACCACGUGUUGUUCUGAGAAGAGGAAGAAACUCUGGGACCUCCUGGAGAAGCCGAGUUCAUCGUUCGCUGCUAAGAUCCUGGCAAUCAUCUCCAUCCUCUUCAUUGUGCUGUCCACCAUUGCCUUGUCUCUGAACACCCUUCCAGAGCUGCAGGACACAGAUGAAUUUGGACAAUCCACAGACAACCCACAACUGGCUCACGUGGAAGCUGUGUGCAUUGCCUGGUUCACCAUGGAGUACCUGCUCCGUUUCCUCUCCUCCCCCAGCAAGUGGAAGUUCUUUAAGGGUCCUCUGAAUGUUAUCGACCUUCUGGCCAUCCUGCCAUACUACGUCACCAUCUUUCUAACUGAAUCCAAUAAGAGUGUGCUGCAGUUUCAGAACGUGCGCCGUGUGGUUCAGAUUUUCCGGAUCAUGCGUAUCUUGCGUAUUCUGAAGCUGGCGCGUCACUCCACAGGUCUUCAGUCUCUGGGCUUCACUCUCAGGAGGAGCUAUAAUGAGCUGGGACUGCUAAUCCUUUUCUUGGCCAUGGGCAUCAUGAUCUUCUCCAGCCUAGUGUUCUUUGCAGAAAAGGAUGAAGAGGACACCAAGUUCAAAAGCAUUCCAGCUUCUUUCUGGUGGGCAACCAUCACUAUGACCACAGUAGGCUACGGAGAUAUCUAUCCAAAAACUUUACUGGGAAAAAUUGUUGGGGGUUUGUGUUGCAUCGCCGGAGUACUGGUCAUUGCCCUGCCUAUUCCCAUCAUUGUAAAUAACUUCUCUGAAUUCUACAAAGAGCAGAAGAGGCAGGAGAAAGCCGUCAAAAGAAGGGAGGCCCUGGAGCGGGCGAGGAGAAAUGGCAGCAUUAUCUCUAUGAACACGAAAGAAGCAUUUGGCCGCAGUGUCGAGCUCAUGGAUAUAAUGGUGGAAAAAUCUGAUGAGAAAACAGAGAAGCUGCAUGAUAAUCACGUUUCUCCGAGUGUGCAGAGAGGGACACCCAAACUCAAGGGACAGAUGAGCCCCUGCAGCCCCAUUAAGACCCUUGAGUCUAGCUACCAAGAGCAGGCCAAGCCCUCCGGCAGCCCUCAGCAUCUUAGUGUGCAGAAACUGGAGGAGAUGUACAACAAGAUGGCCAAGAUUCAGUCACAACCCGACUUCGACAGCAAAGAAAAAGGGCCUCUGCCCAAAGCAGUUGGCCGGAGAGCUGAAUUCGAGAUGGCUUGCAUCGCCACUGACGGCAUCUCAAGCACAGCAGAGGCAGUCACACAUUUAAGGAGCAUUUCCAGCAUUGACAGCUUCAUCAGUUGCACCACUGAUUUUGCUGAGAGCUCUCGCUUCACCCACAGUUCAAACAGCAACGUGACAGGGAAGGUCAGCACCAACCCCAGCCUGGAGCCCACCCUGGAGAUUGAGCAGGAAGGAUCUCAAGGCAGCAGAACACCUCAGACAGGACAAAGCAAAAAGACCAGCCUGUAUUCCGACAGCCCCCGGGGUCCACGAUCCAACAAGCCACACAAAAGCCACUCGCUCAAGGUCAACUUCAGAGAGGGUGAGGAUACAGGGACAGGGCCGCUUUCAGACAGCUCGUCAGUCCAGAGCCCAGAAGUGUCCGUCUACACAACUGCCAGCAGCAGGACACCCACCAAGAGCCCAGAGAAUUUACCACCCAGCAUCUUCACCUUCCACGACGCAUCAAUCAACCAGUUCAUUGAUGCUGACACCGAUGAAGAGGAUCACCUGCGAGAUGGCUCGGGCACCAACCCAUCCCAGAGACUACUGGAAAAAGCCAGCCCCAAGUUUGGCCAUCACAGCAGCUUCCAGCAGGGGUCCAACCACAAAGGGGGCCUCCAGAGGAAGCUGGGUAACAGCACACUGCCGUUAGAGGGGCAGGAGAACCAUGUGGCUCGGGAACUACAGCCACUUCACGGAGAGAAGAGUCACUCCAAUGCUUAAAGUUACGAUAAGUGAUAGACCACAGAGGAAACGAACAGGAGGGGAGGAGGCAGAGUAAGAAUGAAGCCCAGUGAGCUUCCCCAUUAUCUGAAAAGCACUGAAAACAUUUGCAGGAACAUUUGAAGAACUGAAAUUACAAAGGGGAGAUUUUUUGUGUUCUGCUCUCAAACAUUUACUGAUCAAGGACUCUUAGCAGGGGAUUCUGAUCUAAUAGGUUUUAAAAAAUGCCCAUGGGGAAGUUUGUACUAUUUAUACAUCUGUUUUAGCCAUGAUUUUAAACAACAAAUACAACUAAGUUAUAUUAGAGUGCAGAAUAUUGUUUUUAUAACCAAAACUAUUUUCCUCAUAUUUUGGAUAAAGCAACUAUAGCAAAGGCAGUCCGAUCAGUAGCAAACCACAGAGGGCAUUGAAACGCAUUCAGCUGAGAUAAUAACAUUGUUUUAUGUAAAGGGAGAAGAUGCAUUUUUCUUAAGUUAUUGUUAUAUAUUAUAAAAUCAUAAGACAUGUUUUGCUUCCUUCCACUUCCUGAGAACUGGCCUUAGUUCAAGUUGUCUCCCGUGUUUAAUCUUUGUGUUUGUACGAGUUCGAAGCACAGACAGAGGCACUCAGGGCGAAGAGCGCAUUCGUCUUUCGUUGAGUAUGAACUCGAGGAGAAUCAAGUGUUUCAAACGGUUUCGUUUCAACAGGGGUUUGGUGUCUUGCUCACUGAUAUUUUUUUACCGCACAGAAAACAUUAAGACAACACAGAGGGACUCUGUGAGGCUGCAUCCCUCCAUUUCCUU